GGAUUUUUCUACCUCAUGAGGGAUGAAGAGUGUGGUCUGCACAGGAGGCAGUGGGGUGGGCAGUGGGCACACGGGGCCACACAAGGCCUAGCUCCCAAGCCACCAUGCCAGCCAGCACAGGAGAGCAGAAGGCUCACAGAGAAGCACCCCACCCCCACCAUCCUGCUUCCUCCCUCUGGCUCCAGUGGACAGGGUCAAGGGUCAAACUCCAGAGAUCAUUCACUGCCUCUGCCUGGUAGAGGCAGCAAAGCCCUGGAGGUCUCCACUUCAGGACUUCACCCACCCUGUCACUGUGCUCAAGGCCAGAGCCACCGGAAUGGUCCCUGGAAGCCCUCAGAGGGUGGGCGUGGUAGGUUAUGGCCGCCUAGGCACCCUGACCUUGUGGUAGAAGUGGCUCAUCCAAAUAUAAUCCACGAAUCAGGGGUACAGAUCCUGCGCCACGCUAACCUCCUGGUGGGGUCUCCCUCAGCUCUGGCUGACCAGACCACAGAGCAGCGGCUCAUGGAGGCUUCAAACCACUGGGGUCACACUGUGUUUGUGGCCCGAGGAGCCCUGUGGGGGUCUGAAGACAUUAGGAGACUGGAUGAAGCUGGAGGCCUCCAGAGCCUUCGAGUCACCAUGGCCACACAUCCUGACGGCUUCCGGCUGGAAGGAUCCCUGGCUGCAGCACACAGUAGUGGGCCCCGCACAGUGCUCUACGAGGGUCCUGUGCGUGGGCUCUGCCCCUUGGCCCCCCGAAACUCUAACACCAUGGCAGCCGCUGCACUGGCUGCCCCCAGCCUAGGCUUUGACGGUGUCAUUGGGGUGCUUGUGGCUGACCUUAGCCUCACAGACAUGCACGUGGUGGACGUGGAGCUGAACGGCCCCCCAGGUCCCACAGGCCGCAGAUUCAACGUGCACACCCACAGGGAGAACCCAGCCCAGCCUGGUGCUGUCACCGGCUCUGCUACUGUCACGGCCUUUUGGCACAGCCUACUGGGUGCGGUCAGGCCCUCCAAGGGUCCCUUGGCCUUUGUAUUCUGCAGAACUAACAUGCUGGUGUCCCGCCCCGGUUUUCUGUCUUUGCCCACGCUUAGUUUUCACUCCCAGGCUUUCUGAGUCUCUCCCCAGUUCAACUUCUCUCUGAGUCUCAGAGACUCUUGUCUCUCCAUUCACACCCCACACCUCUUUCUGAGUAUCCUCUUUGGGUUAUACCACACUACGAUUUCCAAAGCCCACGGUCGCCAUGGCCGCCUGCAUGUCUGUGUCGUCAUUUUAGUCUUUCAUUCUCC